AUGGCAUUCUCUACCAGAUCCCUCUCGGGCCACCUUCGCCAAGGUUCGGCAUCGGGCAACGCUGCUUCGCAGUCCACAGGCCAGUCGAGCGCACUCCAAGCUCGAAUCAAUGAGAAGAAGGCCGAGCUAGAGAACCUGAAAGAGCUGAGAGACUUGAGCGCAGCUGUCGCAAACCAGAUGGAGGCGCUAGAGGCAAAGCUAUCUACAUUAUCAGACGGAACUGAAGCAAUCGCAACAGUACUGGGAAACUGGCACAAUGUAUUACGGGCUAUCAACAUGGCGUCAGCCAAGAUACCCAAACCCCGUGAAGCCACGGAUGAUCAAGACGACGACCAAGCAGUUCCCUUGCCGCAGACCUUGGUGCGAAUACCUACUGAACACGCUCCUGCUUUACAGGCGCAAGCCGACAACUUGGAGAACGAGCAUAACUCUUCUACGUUAUCUUGA